UCGAUAGCCGCCGAACUGAUCGCAGGUUCAGCAUCCCAUACCAAGACUUAACCAGAUCGAUAUAAUGCUGUUAUGAUUUUGAAUAAAGCUGGAGUGUUUAGUGUAAAUGUGGUGAACCAGUAGUAUGUUUGUGAAUGAAGCUGGUACAUAAGUCACUACCUGGUGUUUGACCCUACAUCAAUCACACUUCGGAAUAGCCAUAGAUCAAUUGACUUCCUCCGGCAUCAGAGGCUGUGUUCUUCUGUACAGUAGUCUCGCAUACUCCCGGUAGCGGUACCGAUACCCGGACGUACGUAGUGUAUCGGCAGACGGCGAGUAACACAGGGUGCGAAAAAAUUGACCUAACUUUUUACACAAGUUUAUUUGCUGGUACCUUUGGUGUUAAGUUGUGAUGUAAUAUUUUUGUCCUAAGGAUAUACGUGAUUACGUGGACCGCGCGUCAUACGUAACUCUUUUACAAUUGAAGUUACAAUAUGUGUGACAAUAUUAACAUCACUUCGGAGUACACAGCGUGAACCUGAUAUAUUGUGUGUGUGAUGUACUGUACGAUUUCGAAAUCCAUGCCAUCACAUGUUCAAGAUCGGAUUAAAAUUACUCUCAUUUAACGGAGUUCUUGAUGUUAAUUCUUCAUUUCAAAACGGAUUAAUUCAAGAACUGGAUUUUAGAUGUUUAUAUGACAGACUACAGUCAGCCGGUUGAAGGACACAACUCCAUUCCUGUGAAUGACAGACAAAUAAUAUUUUAUUCAAUUAUUCGAAAUGGGAUUAUGUGAGGAAAUGAGUUAGGUCACCACGAGACUGCUGUAUAUAUUCGGUUUUACUUAUCUCUGAACGAUAUUUGUGCGACAAUACAAUGUCGUCGACAUGUCUCACCAUAGUAUCCACACAGAGAAAAAACAACAUACUGUCUAGAUUUAUUUGUUAAAUAGUACACAUUGACGCCGACUUAGUCUUUUUUGUACAUCGCUAUCAAAGUGCUGUCCGCUUUUGGAAUUCUCCAGGCGAUCAUCGACCAAGGUAUCAUCAGCAUUGCAGUUGUGCCUCGGGUUCACCUAUUAACGACGAGUCAGCCGCCAGGCCGGGUGUUGGGGCAAUAAUUCAAACAUAAGCAGUGAUCACCACCAUACAGCGAGUGGAGGAAUAGUAGUUGUGCUACACUAGUUAUAAAUGCUGAUUUGCUUUUCGUUGUGGGUAGAAAGGAUGUCAACGCUACACCACAGCCAUGUAUGGCUCACCAUGUAUGUAAACGUAUUGAUGGAUCUUAGUUGUCAACCAUAAGGGAUUUCUGUGACGCGUGGAACUACUACUGUCUAAGCUAAUUUAACCAUGAAAAGCUCUCUUUGUUGGAUCUACUGGAUUAUCAAGUGGUCCUUCAUACUUCUUGUCAUUCCGUUCGCUCAAGGUCUCAAUUACAUCCGUCAUCACGCAAGACCGAUUUUCCUGUCGACACCUCAGAAUAUCACCGUUCACCUGGGCCAGACAGCUCACCUUAAAUGCAAGAUUAAAUACCUGGGCACAAAAACAGUUCAGUGGCGGAAAAUACCAAACAACUAUCCAUUGACGAUAGGAGGUUUGCCGUUUUCCCCGAGGGAAGAGAUCAGUAUAAACCAUCGUGAAAUGGACGAUAUGGUGUCACAAUGGACACUAGUCAUCAAAGGUACAUCAACUGCCGAUACAGGCAGCUACGAGUGUAAAGUGAGCGCCAGUGAAACAUUGCCCUAUAUAGUUCAUCUUAAUGUCCUAGAUAUACCUGCAGAUAUAGAAAAAACAAUCAAGCUGGAGGGAACGGAGUUCGUAAGUGUUAACCAGAUGAUAAACCUUACGUGCAAUGCCACUGGUGUGGACCGAGCACCAGAACACAUAGACUGGUUUCAUAACGGCCACAUUGUGCAUCAAAGUGACCCAAAGUGGCAGAAUCGGCUCAAGAUAGUAAUGUUCCAACCGCAAGUUCCGGGAAGAUCGCUAAUUAGUCAACUGAUCAUUGACCUCAGUCGAUCCACAGAUCAAGGGAACUAUGUCUGCCGGAGCUCCGAAAAGAAAACCACGAGUUUAAACGUGCAUGUUCUCAACGCUGAAAAAGACAAUAUAAAGAAAAGAUUUGAUAAUGAACCUUCGCGAACCUCUAUUCCAGAUGAGAGUCCGCAAGAGAAUAGAGAAAGUCAUGCAGCUCAUCUUACUACAAACUGUGUAUUAUUGUUUCUGUCGGCAUUACUGGCUGUAAGGUGACAAAGCAAACAAGUCUAACCAUCUAUUGAAAUGUGCCUUUACUCUGGAUACACACCUCUUGUAAAUUCGUCCAAACAUGCCACUGCGUUCCUCGCUCCGGAAAUUAGUAUAUUUUUCGCCCCAGUAUGGGCUAGUUUGCACAAAAUGUAUUGUUUGGUCGUAUCAACAUAUACAAGCCACCAAGCCAUGGAAAUGGAUUAAAAUAAUGACCACGUUCGGUGACAUAGGACCACAACACAUUGACAUGUUGUUAAUGUUAUGAGUGCGAAUGAUCUCUGAAGGAAGUUUUCUACACGGUUAUGUCAUCAGUAUACAUAAACUCGUUACUGUCGCUAGACAUUACAUGCAACAGGAUGAUGUAGUCCAGUGCUAUCUUUACAUUCGUCAAUAUGACAAGUGCAAAUUAUUACAGACCUCUAAAUGACGUUAAACGAACGAUAAAGGAAAUCAACAGAUGGACGAAGAGGUUUGAUUGGAUUCCUCUUGUUUCGUUAUAUCAUACACAAUGUACAAUAAAAAUGCGGUGUAAAUGGCAACGCCGAGAGCAAGCAAACAUACGUAUGACAACAUAAAUAAAUAAAAACUACAAAGUAACAUCAUACUAUGGUCAGUCCGGAAGUGUGUAUAACGCAAUUAAAUACAAACAAACAAAUGAAUGUUGUGACACGAAUGUGAACUCCCCUAUUUAUUUCUCAAAAUCCAAAAUAUGUUAAUGAACACAAAUGUAUUUCAUAUCAUUUUAUACCAUCUAUUCUCAGGUUGACUCUGUCUUGUCUCAUUGAGAAUCUAUUUAUUUUGCAGCACUGUGUACGUAAUGGGUGUCGUCAUAAAAUGAUUAUUUCAUACAGUGUCUCACCUGGCAAAACAGGUACAUUGGGAAGCAGAUGGGUAAAUUAUUAGAUAAGACUCCGUAACAGUUUAACUUAAGCUGUUCUGUGUUACUGAAACAUCACGCCGACCUGUUUUCCCUAUAUUUGUAUGUUUUCCAAAGAUAUGUGCAAUAUUUUAUGGUCAUAAGCAUUGUUUUUCGACUAUACCUUUGCCAGGUAUAUCAACAGUUAUAUAUUAAUUAUAUUGUAUAUGUUAAAUAGAAAAUAUUUAUUCAUAGUAUGUUACAACGCGUUUAUGAACAUCCAUUACUUUCACGUGAAGAAAUAUUAUUAUGACCAGAUCAAGCAUUUAGAAACAUCAUGCAUAUAUAUUUCUCCAUUGAUCCUAUCAAAAUUUGCGUUGAAAUUGAUGAUGACAGUAUUAUACUUACAUCUCUAUGUCCGACAUGUCCUGAUAAGGUUUCAGAAUACCAUCUUAAGUACCACUGGUGUAAUUAGUUGAAACGUUGGUAUUUUUUUUUUUUUUAUAACGGCGCUGUAAAAAUACCCUCAAACCCUUCAAAGAAAAAUGCAUAUAUAUUUAAAUGAACGUGAAUACAUACAUAAUCUAUGGAAGGCAAGUAUUUAAAUAUUUAAAAAAAAAAAAUAUCAUAACAUAACAGCAGUAGUCUUUCGGUUUGUAAAUGAUUGUAGUCAUAAGUGGUCAGUUUCUACUUAUUUAUAGGCUUGUUAUAGAGUUGCAAAUAAUUAGUCCUAUGAUUUGAGUACUGAAUUGGUAAACCGUAAAUGUGUAAAUCUAGUAAUGAUAUAACUGGAUGUACGGGUUUUAUAAAUUUAAUGUUGUUCAUUUAUUCUCUUCAACACACAAAAAAAAACAUCAUUCAGCUUAUUUGUAUAUUUUGUUUAACGAUGCUUUUGUUACUGAAUAUAAAAGUACAGGACGUUAUGUCUGUAAUUGAACAAAUAGAUGUAUGUGAUUUGCGAUUUACUGCCGACUUAUAACUCGAUAAGUAUAUGAAUAUAUUGACAGGAAACUUAUUAUUGCAGUAUUUACUAACAGUCGAUGGCAAUAAGUAAUAUUGCUCCGUAUAUACAAGAGCAUCCCCUUGACCAUGUGAUAAUCCUGUAAUGCAGAGCCUAGAUAUUAGCAAAAUAUAGGCAAUGUUCAUUCAGAAUAUAACAGAUUUACGUAUUACCUUGUCCAAAAUUAUGAAAGAUAAAAACCUUUUCUUAAUACUGCUUCAUUUACCUUUUCUAUAUGUCUGAAACGUCGUAUGAUGAACCCAAAUGGUGUAACGAGAGAUAUUUACCCUUAUGACGGAUCAGGGUAAGAGUGUUUUCUCUAAAGGACGUAAAAUCGGGGUGCUUCCACGUAAUCUUGAGAGUAAAUUCAUCAAGACGAAAUAUAUCUUAUUCAUAAAAAUACCCAAGAAUAUUUCGAUUUAAGUUCCCGAAGGUUGUCAUCCAAUGAUGUUGUCACAACAUUUUCCUGGUAAGGCUGUUGGUGUAUAAUUGGUUGAUAAAUUGAUACAUUAUAACAACAUUUCAUAUUUGAAUACCUAGACGGCCCUGGUAGGAAAUUACCUGAUACAGAUUGCAUAGUAGACAUUUAUUUAGAGAUUUUGAAAUUCUGUAACAAAAUAUAUCUAUUUGUAUUGCCAGAAGUAUUGACCAUUUUUAUCCAU